UUAAGCCCGAUCAACUGAAUACGAUUAAAGGCUGAUCCGUGCUGUAAAAGGUUGGCUUGCAGUAACGUGCCCUUUCAAGGCUUAAAAGGUACUCGUUUACUGCACGUCUUGCACGAAGGAAUUGCCAGGCAGCACCAUGGCUAGCUUAUUUAUCAAGUCUCUGUCUGCAUCUUUGCACUGGAAAACGCUGAAGUUUUCUACUGCUAGUUUAGCUGCGGCUUUUUGCACAAAAGGUGUUGAUGUGCUGCCCUUUGAAAGCUCUGAGAAGCGCGGUCAGGCUUCUCCACAUAGUCCAACGGAUUCCACCGACACCAGCAGAUCCAGUACAACAGGGAAGAUUGAGAACAAAGUUUAUCUGUGGAGCCGAUACAAUGAAAUGAAGAAAUUAGUCCAUGAACUCAUUCCCCCAGGAAUUUGCAACCUCCUCAAUCCUGCAAACAUCUAUUCCAAUAAUGAGGUUAAUUUAGGGAACAUUGAAAUUUAUGGAUUUGAUUAUGAUUAUACUCUGGCGCAGUAUUCCAAUUUGCUGCACACAAUGAUCUUCAAUACAGCACGAGAAAUACUUGUUGAUCAAUAUAAGUAUCCAGAAGGAAUAAAGAACUAUGAAUACCAAACUAACUUUGCUAUCAGAGGCCUUCAUUAUGAUGUACGGAAGGGAUUCCUAAUGAAGAUUGAUGCUUUCCACUAUGUCCAGUUAGGAACUGUGUACAGAGGACUCAGUCCAGUACCAGAUGAGGAAGUGUUUCAAAUGUAUGAUGGCACUCAACAUGUUCCUUUACACAGAAUGAGUGAUUUCUAUGGCAAGGGUCCUACUAUGAAACAGUUCAUGGAUGUUUUUUCUCUUCCUGAAAUGACCCUUCUUUCUUGUGUGAAUGACUACUUCAUUAAAAACAACAUCGAAUAUGAUCCGGUUCAUCUCUUCAGAGAUGUGAGCGAUGCUGUAACUAGUGUCCAUGUUAAAGGAAUGAUGUACAAUUGGAUUGAACAGGACCUAGAGAAGUACAUCCUUCAUGGUGAUGAAAUAUACGCUGUCCUAAACCGGCUGGUUAAUAAUGGAAAAAAGCUCUUUCUUAUAACCAAUAGUCCUUUCAACUUUGUUGAUAAAGGAAUGAAAUACAUGGUAGGAAAGGACUGGCGGGAUCUCUUUGACUUGGUGAUCGUCCAAGCUGAUAAGCCAAGUUUCUUUACGGAUAAACGCAAGCCUUUCAGAAGAUUGGAUGAUACUGGUGUACUGCAGUGGGAUAAGAUCAACAGACUAGAAAAAGGAAAGAUGUAUAAACAGGUCAGAGCAAUUGAUCCGUGCUUAAAUAGUUAUAGCAUUUUGAUCUGCAUGGCAUUCCUGCAAUCUAUUUUCUGAUGUUGUGCAGCAUGG